AAUGACCGGAAACACAUAAGACACAAUAACAACACACGGGCCAAUGCCUAACUAGCUACACGAAAUCGAAGUGAAAUUGAAUAGAUAAUCUAACAAUAACAAUAUUUUAUGUUACUUUACUCAACUUUUUAACGAAACGAAAGACUGGUAAGAAAGCAUAAGGAGUCAGUAUGUUCAGUUUUUUCGGACAUCGUAAUAAAGACUCUUCCAAGAAGUCAUCGUCAGAGGGGGAUAUAGAUGGGUUCGUGAUAAUAGGAGAAACUGUUGAGGAACAGAGGCAGAAGAUCCAAAAUGUGAACAUCAGCAAACCAUCAUGUAACGUCAUUGUGCAACCAUCAAAGUCCUCCAGUGCGACACCUUCCCAGGCCCACCACUCUCCAGCUCCUGCUCCACCCUCUGUGAUCGCCCCAUCACCAGGGCCCAUGUGGAAGCCCCCCGCACCCAUCGUGGAGGCCCCCCCGUCUCUCCCAGAGCUACUAGGAGAUGUCCCGUUCACCCUGGCCCCCCAUGUCCUGGCCAUGCAGACAGGGGGUCCUGGGUUCCCCCUCUUCUCUGAGAUGCUGAUGUCCCCCCGAGACAUCAACCACAACCUGGCCUCCUUCACUUAUGACUUCACCCUGGAGAACUCUGUGCUCUGUGACCAUUGACCUGUAGAUAGUCUACUUUCUGUCUGUCUAUAUGACCUCUGACCUUUUGGUCUGUCAACCUCUCCUCCAAUACCAACCCUAUGUCAACCCUGGGUCUUGUUCAUUGGGCAGCAAACAGAAGAAAACGUACUGAAACAGGGCGGGACUACCUGGGCUUGCCAAAUAAGAAAGGCACAUUUUUGUUUUCCUUUGUAAAGAGUUAGGAUGUGCUCUGCUGAACACGACCUUGGACUGUCUUGGUCCUUACCAUUCAGGUUUAGUUUCAGUUCCAUGGGGCUCUGUCUGAGAAUGGCAGUACUAUAAUUAAUAAUAAACCUGGUUAUGGUGAUGAUCAGCAUUAGAGACCAGGUGUGAGUAAGGUUGGGCCAAAACUGCACCUGCCUGCAGUGAUGUAGGCUACACACAGUAUGUAGGUAGAUGGGUACACAGAGUUCCACCAUUAACAUUGUGGACUAAGAAUACUAGUUAAGCAUGUUAAUCACUUGCUGAUGCAUGUCAUAGUAGUGCUGGUUCACUGUUUUAAGAACUUGCCAUUGUGUGUGUGUAUCAGACGAGUGCUAGCUUCAUGUCUGAUGGUAGGCAUGCUUUGUCAUAGCUGAGGCUUGCAUUGAAGAACAGAGUCAGGGUCUAGAUUCACCUGAUGUGGUUUGUUGGUUUAGGAAUCACUGAUUUACCUUUUGGGUUUGCACUAAUGCACGUACAAGACAGAUUUCAAAUUGAAUCUUAUGAAGGAAAUGACUCUUCUUUAUCUGGUUAUGUUUUUUACCCUGGUGUCCUCACCUUUAACAAUGAAGUUAAGAAUACUGUAACAAGACAUUUCCAAAAAUGUUUGUGUAGCAUAAGCAUUUCUACAGAGGAACUAUGUAUCUUUUUGAUAAUGUAUUUAAAAUGUAAGAAUAUACGCUACUGUUCAAAAGUUUGGGGUCACUUAGAAAUGUCCUUGUUUUCGAAAGAAAAGCAAUUUUUUUGUGCAU